AUGGUCAAGAUUCAGUUUUCAGUUAAAAAUGCAUUUAUCCAAAAAUAUACACUCCUUCUAACAGUUGUUUGUUUGGUGAUGACGUUUAUGAACAUGAUGAAUCGUAUUCACUACAUUGGAGCCAGUUACGCCAUCGGAGCAAUAUUAAUGGGAAUAACCAAUCAUAUCCACAACUCAUUAAGCAUAACGGGAAUCGGAUGCGUUUUAGACAUGUUUCAACUUAUUUUCCGUAGCUCUAAUUCCAGUUGGGUUUCAGUCAGAUAUUUUCAAUUUAUAAUGCAUUUUCUUGCUAUUGUGUACGAGUUGAUGUACAUGACAAUGUUGCAUUGCUACUGGCAAUACACCGAAGCAACUAAAAAUCAACCACAAACGAUAGUACCCAUCAAACUAGGGGAAAACAGUGCAGAAACACUAAAUCCUAGUAUUGCAAAGUCGCCUCCUAUUCAGGCGACGGAACCAGUUACGGACCCUAUUGCACCUGAGCCAAAUGCAGCGUCAGAGUCGAUUGUAGAAACACCGGAAGCAAAGAUUGAAUCUAGUACAGCGAUAGAAGAAGGUGUUGCAGUAUCGAAACCCACGUUAUUAUCAAUAGAACCCAGUGUAGGUGCUCCAAACUCUACCUCAGAAAUGCUACAACCUAUUGAAACGACAGGUCCUGGUGCGAAUGCAACAGAACCUAAUGACUCAUUAACUAUUACACCUAUACCGGAACCAAACUCAACAGCGAUAGACUCUGUAGUAGAAACACAGAAAUCUAUUACUUCUAUGGAACCUAGGCUAGACUCGGAACCUGAUGAAAAUGCUCCAGAACCUAAUGUAAUAUUGGCGGAACCUAUUGAAAGUCAACAGGAAUAUAGUGUGUCAACUCCAGAACCGAAACAACUGAAAGAAGAAAAAGAGUAA